AUGGCGUUAUCUUUCCUUCACCAAACAAAGCCAGAACCUCUGGUUCACCGUGACCUAAAACCAGCCAAUAUACUAAUAGAUAGAAACUAUGUGAGCAAGAUCAGUGACGUUGGAUUAGCUCGGUUAGUCCCUGCGUCAGUGGCUAAUAACGUCACGCAAUAUCACAUGACAUCUGCGGCAGGAACGUUCUGUUACAUAGACCCUGAGUACCAGCAAACGGGGAUGUUAGCGACGAAAUCAGAUAUAUACUCGUUAGGGAUAAUGCUGCUUCAGAUCAUCACUGCUAAGAGUCCAAUGGGCUUGGCUCAUCAUGUGUCGAGGGCAAUCGAUAAAGGAACUUUCAAGGAUAUGCUUGACCCGGUCGUGACUGAUUGGCCUGUCGAAGAAGCUACAGCAUUCGCUAAGCUGUGUUUACGAUGUGCAGAGCUAAGGAAGAAAGAUAGACCAGAUCUUGGAAAGGAUAUAGUUCCAGAGCUUCUCCGGUUAAAAAACUUGGGGAUGGACAACGAAUCAGGCCAGAAGUAA